AUGUUUGUUCAUACAGACUGUUGUGCUGAAAUUAACGAAAAUAAUAAAAAUGAUUUAAGAUGCCUAACAUGUUGCCGAAAGAAAUCUAUUAUCGAAAAUAGAUUUCAAGCAAAAGAUGGUUUGCUUCAACAAGCAAAAAUAAAGAAACUAAAUUCCAAUAAGUUAUUACCGGCUGCAAAAAUGGGUGAUACUGUUGGAUUACCUGUCCCCGAUGUUGAUAGAGGACGAGCUGAUGCAAGGAAUAUAUUAGGCGUUGUUACGACAGUUGAAGAUAACAUGUAUUACAAAAUCGGGACAGAAAAGGGCAUAUUACCACAGUUAUUUACAAGAAAUCAGUUCAGUGUAUGUCCAGCUCCCCUUAUUGCUACCGAAAAAGUUUCAGUUGUUGAAAAAUCUCUUCGUGAGAUGGCAGCGACUUCAUCUCUAUGUGGUGGUCAAGGAUACAAAAGAUGCUCGUGCAAAACCAAAUGUGGUUCAAAAAAGUGCUAUUGUAAGGCUGCUAAUAUUUUUUGCAACUCUAAAUGUCACGGAAGUUUGUCAUGUUUGAAUUAA